UCAACACAAAGGAAUCGAUUUCCAAUAAAUUGAAUGGCGGCAGAAAAUGUAGCGGAAUAAUAUUAAAAGUUUUUAAAAUAUAGAAAAGUAAUUUUUCAAAAAAAACAUUUUGUUUUGUGUGUGUGGAAAAGUGUGGUGAAACGAGAGAAAUAGAGGAAACUGAGUGAAAAGAGCGGCAAAUAAAUGGCAAAAAGUAUUUCCAUUCGCGAACAGCUGUUGAAGGCAACAACAACAAAAAAUAAGAACAAAGCUCAGAACCGCUGCAAAAUAUAAAACGAACAUUUCGAAACGCCUUAAAGGAACAACAACAACAUAUCUGAAAAAAUUAUUUAAAAGUUAAAAUAAAUUUAAAAUUUACUCCAAGAAGCAAAAAUGGGAAAAGAUCGACUACCUGAGCUUUUGCAGCGCUCGUUGAGCACGAACUCGAAUUCAUCGUCCAACGGUUCACUGCUUUUGAACGUGUACAGUGGAACCACGGAGUUCAUUAUCAACAACACCGGCGGCAGCAACAAUAGCUACAGUGUCAUCAGCCAAACCAACAGCAAUAAUAAUAAUAUUAAUAGUGAAACGAAGGAUCGGCUGAGUUCGAAAAUGACGCAGUAUGGAUCAAAUGUGGACGAUAUUCUCAAUCCGUACACGGAGAUACGACAACAACUCGCACAGAUAGCCGCCAAUUUGGAGGCAAUGAACCGCAUGUCUCAAACCAUUAACCUGCGAACUUUCAACGAGAACGAGAUGGAUGAGCUUCACAGCAAGAACCUAAAGCUGGGCAAUCAGCUGAUGUCCCGAUUCAAGGACUUCAAGACUAACCUGCCGGCGGAAAACGAUUACAGUUUGGAGGCGAGGAUGAAAAGGACACUCUUUUACGGCCUCCACCAGACCUUCAUAAAUCUGUGGCAUAAAAACGAACUGUUCCUGCAAAACUACGAGACGAAAGUCAAAAAAAAUCUGAGACUGCAUUCAAAAAUUAUUAAUUCAGAAGCCAGCGAACAAGAAAUCGAGUUACUCAUCGAAAACAAGACAACCAAACUCUUUGUGGAUAACUUCCUGCAGGAGACGGAGAAGGAGCGGCAGACGCUGCGCGAAAUGAUGGACAGGUUCAACGAGCUCCGCCGCCUGGAGAAGUCCAUCGAGGAGGUCCACGCCCUGUUCAUGCGCAUCCAGACCUUGGUGAUGGAGCAGAGCGAGGUGAUCCAGCGGGUGGAGUUCCACGCCCAGCAGGCUACCCUCCACGUGGACAAGGGGGCGGACGAACUGGACCAGGCGGAACAGCACCAAAAAAGGGCGCGCAAGAAAAAAAUAAUGCUCAUCUCGAUACUUGUGGUCGUAUUGUUAGUUUUACUCUUUGUUGGUAUUUAUUUGUGAUGCAUGUAAGACAAUUUUUUUUUGCAUAUUUUUAAGUCUUAAAUCUAAGAAAAUAAACUGAAAUACAUCAAGAAA